AGCUUCCGGUGCCGUUUGACGGCAAGUCCGGUUUUACCUCUUUGCUUUCAUUAUUUCUCCCUGCCUCCUGUUUCUUUCUGUUAAAAGCGCCCCAGCCCGCCGUAUUUAUUUAUUUAUUUAUUCAUGCCUCCUGCUUGAAAGUUUUUAUCUUUUGACAUCUGUAGUCGCUCCUCCAAUGAGAAGACGUAAAAGAUGGAGCUUCACAUUUUAGAGCACAGCCUCAAAGUGGCGAGUAUAGAGAAAGAGGGGAUCCAGAUUUGCACUCACGGAUUAAUCAAACUCGCCUUCCUGGCCUCCAAAACAAGAUGCAAGUUCUUCAGCCUGACGGAGACUCCGGAGGACUACACCAUCAUCGUGGACGAGGAAGGCUUCAAAGAGCUGCCUCAGUCGGAGCACAUCAGUGUCGCCGACGCCACGUGGUUGGCGCUCAACGUGGUGUCGGGCGGCGGCAACGCGUCCAGCUCGCAGCCCAUCGGAGUGACCAAAAUCGCCAAAUCUGUCAUCGCACCGCUCGCCGACCACAACAUCUCUGUCUUCAUGCUGUCCACGUAUCAGACCGACUUCAUCUUGGUUCGAGAGCGCGACCUGCCCAUGGUGACGCACACCCUGUCGUCUGAGUUCACGCUCUUCCGGGUCAUCAACGGAGAAACUGUCGCUGCUCACGACCUGGGAGUGACCAACGGCUUCGUGAAGCCGAAACUCGUGCCCCGUCCCAUCAUCCACCCCCUGUCCAGCCCCAGUAACAUGUUCUGCGUGACCAGCCUGGACCCGGACACGCUGCCCUCCGUGGCCACGCUCCUCAUGGACGUCAUGUUUUACUCCGGAGGGCCGAAGGAACCCGGCGCGUCCGGCGAAGACUCCACCCACAUUCGCUUCUUCUCCUUCUCCCUGAUCGAGGGCUACAUCUCGCUGGUCAUGGACGAGCAGACGGCUCAGAGGUUUCCACACAACGUGCUCUUCACCAGCGCCUCCGGGGAGCUCUGGAAAAUGGUUCGAAUCGGAGGACAGCCUUUAGGAUUCGACGAGUGCGGCAUCGUGGCUCAGAUUUCGGAGCCUCUGGCGACGGCCGACAUUCCUGCUUACUACAUUAGUACCUUCAAGUUUGACCACGCGCUGGUCCCUGAAGAAAACAUCCAAAGUGUGAUCGUAGCUUUGCGGACCAAGAGCACGGCCCAGUGAGGGACGGCGGUCGGACUCUGAAGUCGCUUUGUUCCGGCGUCCAGAAAGUGCCAGGAGCCAGCUCUGAAGCACGGAGGGGGGAGUGUGAUGACAGGAUUUGCACGCUUCCUGCCUUUUUGACCCCACCCCUCAUCCGUUUCCUGCAGCUUCCUGCCUGCAGUUUUCGUUUACUGAACCCGUUUCUUCUUUUAACCCCCCCGAUCACCAAACUGUAUUAACCACAGAAGAAGAAGGAUGACGAAUGUAGGCUGAGAAAUCAAAGAAGUAUUUAUUUAUCCAGCUCUCCGUCUUUUCUUCUCUCAGUGCCAACACGUCCGACUGGAGGUCGGACUUCAGCUGCUGCUCAGCUUCUUCUUGACGGCGUUCUGGUGAAACAUGAAGUAUCUUCGGUUUUUCUGAGCGGCUUCCCGCUGCGAGCAGCUGACACGUUUCUGUCAACCACUAAUGCAUAUUUACCCAUUUGACUAACGAGAUUUCUUUAUGUCGAUUAUUUGACAUAUUGUGGCGUUAAAAUAAUCAGGACUUUUUGAUUCUUUAGCUGUGCUGUAAUCCAGUUCAACUUCUGUAAGAAUUGGAUCUUUGGAUUUUGUCAAAAUCUUUGAACUUCAAUGAUUUACCUUUUUUUUUUUGGGAGUUUCCUGACACUGGAACGCUCCAAACCACAGCACAAACAUCAGAAAUUUUAAUUAAGUGAAAAGGAAAUUAUUAUUAGAAACAAACUGCGUUUUUAAUUGAUAUUUUUGUCUGUGUUGGGCUGCUUGUGGCGUGAAGCCGCUGACGUGUGAAUUUACUGAGCCACUUUGACAGUAACGACAGCAUAAGCUACGAUUCAUGCAGGGGAGACGCCCCCCCCCUCCUGCUCCAGUGUGCACUUUAACGCAGGUCCCCCCCCAUCCCCAUGCAGACCUGCAGUACUGAUAUAAAACCGUGAGGGCUACUCUCUUUCAAAACCAGCUUUCUCCUCCUCCCACCCGGUUUUCUUUGGCUGCAGCUUCUCCUGAGCAGAAAUCAGUGUUAAAAACCGAGGAGGUUCUGCUGAUUCUGCUUUACUCCUGUGUGAAAAACAAAAUAAACUGUUUUUGGAACUUCA